CGGAGGCGGCGGAGGCUGCGGCCGGCGGAGGGAGCAGCCUGUCCGCCUCACGGGGCACUUGCAGGGACCGGCUUUUGCCUUCGGAUGCGGACUGGGAAACCUGUGGGAAAUUCUCCCGCCGCGCUGCGAAGCCACCAUGAAUUCAGUGGCUGGAAAUAAGGAGAGGAUUGCGGUCACGACGCGGAGCAGAAAAUACGGGGUGACCGACCCCUGCUCCCCCACCAAGCCCGCCGCCCCCUUCUCCCCCGAGAGCUGGUACCGGAAGGCGUACGAGGAGUCCCGGGCGGGGAGUCGCCCAGCCCCAGAGGGAGCCGGCUCUGCCCUGGGCUCCUCCGGCACCCCGUCCCCCGGCUCCGGCACCUCCUCGCCGGGCUCCUUCACCGGCUCUCCAGGACCCGCCUCGCCCGGCAUCGGCACCAGCUCCCCCGGCUCCCUGGGCGGCUCUCCGGGCUUCGGCACCGGCUCUCCGGGCUCCGGCAGCGGCGGCGGCUCCUCGCCGGGCUCCGACCGCGGUGUCUGGUGCGAGCACUGCAACGCCCGCCUGGCGGAGCUGAAGAGGCAGGCGCUGAAGCUCCUUAUCCCCGGACCCGCCAACAGCAAGGAUCCAGGUAUCUCUUCGGUGAUUCAUGACAAACUCCAAGUUCCCAACACCAUUCGUAAGGCAUGGAAUGAGAAGGACAACAGAUGUGAUGUUUGUGCCACGCACCUGAACCAGCUGAAGCAAGAGGCCAUUCAGAUGGUGCUGACCUUAGAGCAGGCUGCCAACUCGGAACAUUACGAUGCCUCGCCAGGCUCUCCUCCACCUCUCUCCAAUAUCCCCACAUUAGUGAGCCCCCGGCACAUGGGCAGCCUGCAGCCCAGGGACUGGGCAUAUAUGCCUGCUCCUUAUGCUACAUCUAAUUAUACAGGCUUUGUUGCCAACAAACACAGUGGAAAACCCAACACUCUAGGAAUUGUCAAUGGAGUGGAGAAGAAAAAUGGCUCUCCUGGACACCAAGCCAAGGUCAGCUUUCAAAUGGCCACCAGCCCCAGCAAUGGUAAUGUUCUCAACUCUGUGGCUAUCCAGGCUCAUCAGUACCUUGAUGGCACCUGGUCUUUGUCAAGAACGAAUGGCGUCACUCUAUAUCCCUACCAAAUAUCUCAGCUUAUGACAGAGACCAGUCGAGAGGGCCUGACAGAAGCAGCAUUGAACCGCUAUAAUGCAGAUAAACCCUCCCUGUACAGCUUCCCUGCUUCCCAGAGCACAUAUGUCGCCAGUGAAGUAUCCACAGGCACCUCAGUGGCAGCAUCAUUUUUUGCCAGAGCUGCUCAGAAAUUGAACCUGUCUUCCAAAAAGAAGAAGCACAGGCCUUCUGCAUCAUCUGUUCCUGAAUCUCCUCUCUUCUCUACCAGCUUCAGCAGUAUCCUUCAGACUUCUCCACCCCCUGCUCCACCAUGUUUGUUGAGGGCAGUCAGCAAAGUGAAAGACACCCCUGGUUUGGGCAAGGUCAAGGUCAUGGUGCGCAUUUCUUCCACGCUUGGCAGAGACACGUCUGAGUCCAGCUCUUUCUUAAAAGUUGACCCCCGUAAGAAGCAAAUCACGCUGUAUGACCCGUUGGCAUGUGGAGGCCAGAAUGUUUUCCAGAAAAGGGGCAACCAGGUUCCACCUAAGAUGUUUGCUUUUGAUGCAGUUUUCCCCCAAGAUGCAUCACAGGCUGAAGUAUGCGCUGGGACUGUGGCUGAGGUGAUCCAGUCUGUGGUCAAUGGAGCAGAUGGCUGUGUGUUCUGCUUUGGCCAUUCCAAGCUUGGGAAGUCAUACACCAUGAUUGGGAAGGAUGAUUCCAUGCAAAACCUUGGCAUAAUCCCUUGUGCCAUCUCAUGGCUCUUCAAGUUGAUUAAUGAACGCAAAGAGAAGACAGGAGCUCGUUUCUCAGUCCGAAUUUCUGCAGUGGAAGUGUGGGGGAAAGAAGAAAAUCUGAGAGACCUGUUGUCAGAAGUGGCUACAGGCAGCCUGCAAGAUGGCCAGUCACCAGGUGUCUACCUUUGUGAAGACCCCAUUUGUGGCAUGCAGCUUCAGAACCAGAGUGAGCUCCGCGCCCCCACAGCAGAGAAGGCCGCCUUCUUCCUCGACGCCGCCAUCGCCUCGCGCCGCAGCAGCCAGCGGGACUGCGACGAGGAGGAUCAUCGCAACUCCCACAUGCUCUUCACCCUGCACAUCUACCAGUACCGCAUGGAGAAGAGCGGCAAAGGCGGAAUGUCUGGAGGUCGCAGUCGCUUGCACCUUAUCGACCUGGGCAGCUGCGUGAAAGUGCUCAGCAAAAACCGGGAGGGAAGCUCUGGCCUCUGUCUCUCAUUGUCAGCACUGGGCAAUGUCAUCCUUGCCCUUGUCAAUGGAAGCAAGCACAUCCCCUACAAAGACAGCAAGCUCACCAUGUUGCUUCGGGAGUCCUUGGGGAAUAUGAACUGCCGCACCACAAUGAUAGCUCACAUUUCAGCCGCUGCGGGGAACUACGCUGAGACGCUGUCUACCAUCCAGAUUGCAUCAAGGGUCCUCAGGAUGAAGAAAAAGAAAACUAAGUACACAUCAAGUUCUUCUGGAGGAGAGAGCUCUUGUGAGGAAGGCAGAAUGCGGAGGCCAACCCAGCUGAGGCCUUUCCACUCUAGAAACACCGUUGACCCAGACUUCCCUAUUUUGCAUUUGUCAAGUGAUCCUGAUUAUUCAUCCAGCAGUGAGCAGUCCUGUGACACUGUGAUUUACGUUGGCCCCAAUGGCACUGCCCUUUCUGAUAAGGAACUGACAGAUAAUGAGGGUCCCCCUGACUUUGUUCCCAUAGUUCCUGCUCUGCAAAAGACAAAAAAUGAGGGCAGGUUGGAGGAAGUCAGUGAAUCAGGGCCCAGCACAUCUGAAAGAGACUGCCUGAAGUGCAACACCUUUGCAGAGCUCCAGGAGAGGCUAGAUUGCAUAGAUGGCAGUGAAGAGACUGACAAAUUUCCCUUUGAAGAGAUGCCUGCCCAAUUUAGCUCAGACCAGAUGUCUAAGUGCUCUGUUUCAAGCCAGCUGGCAGAGCUUAGCCACUUACCAGAGUCAGAUAAGGAAGAUACGGUGCCAGAAUAUCAGCAUUCUGACAGAGAAGCCAAGGAAAAUAUAAAUGCAACACCCAGCAAAACGAAGAGAAAUCACUCCCCUGUUCCUUCUGGAGCUCUUAGUAAUGUUUCAACCCCUUCUUCUCCCAGGAGUGUAACGGGCAGCUCUAGCAAAGAGCUUAGCUCUUCUCAGUUAGCACACAGCACCAGCUUGCAGAGCAGCAGAGAAGGUCUCAACACUUGUGGAUUUGUGGAAGGCAAACCUCGGCCAAUGGGUUCGCCCCGGCUUGGCAUUGCAAGCCUCUCAAAGACAUCUGAGUACAAGCCACCAACUUCUCCUUCUCAGAGGUGCAAAGUCUAUACGCAGAAAGGAGUCCUGCCCAGCUCCACUCCCCCACCAGCUCCCCUGAGUAAGGACACUGGGACAACAUCUAGUGAAUCUUUACUGCAGCCGGAACUCCGGACCCCACCUGCAGGCAUGAGCCCUCAGAUCAUGAAGAAGUCAGUGACCUCCAGCAAUGGGGACUUUGAGGAGACCAUUCUUGAUGAAAAUCGGCAACAAAGCAUUUCUCCAGAAUCCAAGAAGGAGAUUCUGAGCACCACCAUGGUGACCGUGCAGCAGCCGUUAGAACUGAAUGGAGAGGACGAGCUGGUGUUCACCCUUGUAGAAGAGCUAACCAUUAGUGGGGUCCUUGACAAUGGGCGCCCAACCAGUAUCAUCAGUUUUAACAGUGACUGCUCAGUGCAGGCUUUGGCCUCUGGGUCCAGGCCAGUCAGUAUUAUCAGCAGCAUAUCUGAAGAUCUUGAAUGUUACUCCAGUGCAGCUCCCGUGUCUGAAGUCAGCAUCACACAGUUCCUUCCACUUCCAAAGUUGGGCCUGGAUGACAAAUGCCAGGAUGAUGGCAGCAGGCGCUCAUCCAUUAGCUCAUGGUUGAGUGAAAUGAGCACAGGGAGUGAUGGUGAACAGUCAUGUCACAGCUUCGUAGCCCAGGCAUGCUAUGGGCAUGGGGAAGCUAUGGCAGAGCCCCCUGUCCCGGAUUUUGCAAGCACCAUACAAAGUGCCAGCAUGAUUUGUGUAAGCGACAAACAGAAGCCAGUGACUGACAACAUGCUUAUACUAUCAGAAAUGGGGGAGGAAGCUUUUGGAAAAGUGCCACCCAUCAAAGGGUGUAAAAUAUCAGCUUUAGGGAAAACUACUGUCACAAUUAAAAACACUGCAAGCCUCAGCAGCUGUGAAGGCUACAUCCCAAUGAAGACAAACAUUACUGUUUAUCCGUGUAUUGCUGUUAAUCCAUACAAAGCACAAGACACUGAUGAUGCUGUAUUGGCAGUAAGUGCAGACCCAAAAGUUGCUCGUUCCCAUGACGUGAAAGAAUCCAGUUCUAAGAAAGAUAUAAAAUUUGAAGACCCUUGGCUGAAGAGAGAAGAAGAUGUAAAAAAGGACAGCUCUGGGAGCAGUGAUGGGCCGAGGCCUGACAUGGCUGCAGUUCCAGCCAAGCCUGAGCACAGCAUAAAGCCAUCCUCAGCAGACAGAUUUAGCAACAGCAGUGGGGAUGCCUCUAUCUCCCCAGGGUCUGACAGUUUAAAGAGGAUCGUGGAUGGGUGUGAAGUGGCAGCGUCCAGCUCUGCUACCCAAAGCCCUGUUCAUUCCACUGAUGUCUUGAAGAGUGGCAGCCUCCCUCGAGGGCUCCUGAAAGCAAGCAAGCUGGAGGACUCUGACAGUCACCUCCAUCCCCCUGCCACUGACAGCAGCGGAGUUGGCUCUCCUGCCCUCCUCCCAUUUUCUAAGGCUAGCCUUGACAAGAAAAUGGCCUCUCCCAAACACUGUGUCCUCACUCGUCCCAAAGGGACCCCUCCUCUGCCACCGGUGAGAAAGUCAAGCUUGGAUCAGAAGAACAGAGCCAGCCCCCAGCACAGUGCAGCCAGCAGCACCACGAGCAGUCCCUCCAGCCAGCCCGGGUCCUUCCUGGCCAGCUUCCCUGAGGAGCUGAGUGCCAAACAGAAGGGCUCUGGCAUCGACAGCAGUGGCAACAACAGCAGCAGCAAGCUCUUCAGUGCCAAACUGGAGCAGCUUGCCAGCAGGACCAACUCUCUUGGGAGGUCUGCAGGAAGCCACUAUGAGUGUUUGUCGCUGGAAAGAGCAGAAAGCCUGUCCUCUGUGAGCUCCAAAAUGAGCCCUGGCAAAGACACCACCAUGCCUAGGGCUGGAAGGAGCCUCAGCCGCAGUGUUAUGUCCUCACCCACCAACUCGGGCCUCUCCCAGUCGGCAGGUGCCUCUCCGAAAGCCAGCCAGUCGAAGAUCUCUGCAGUCAGCAAGCUCUUGCUGGCAAGUCCCAAGGCCCGCAGCCUGUCUGCCUCUGCCACCAAAACACUCAGCUUCUCGACCAAGUCUCUGCCUCAGUCUGUAGGGCAGAGCUCCAGUUUGCCUCCGAGUGGGAAGAACAUGUCUUGGUCAACGCAGUCCCUCAGCAGAAACCGGGGCUCCAGCCUUGCUUCUAAAUUGCCCCUUCGGGCCGUCAAUGGGAGGAUUUCGGAGCUGCUCCAGGGCAGCGCCAGUGCCAGAGGGUCACAGCUGCGGGGCAGCUCAGAGGCAGAUGAGCGCGGGGGCCUCCUGGGAGAUGAGAAGCCGGCAGUUCACAUGCUGCCUUCCCCUUACAGUAAGAUCACCCCUCCUCGGAAACCUCACCGCUGCAGCAGUGGUCACGGGAGUGACAACAGCAGUGUCCUGAGCGGGGAGCUGCCCCCCGCCAUGGGUAAAACAGCCCUCUUCUACCACAGUGGGGGGAGCAGCGGCUACGAGAGCAUGAUGAGGGACAGUGAGGCGACGGGGAGCGCCUCUUCAGCACAAGACUCCAUGAGUGAGAACAGCAGCUCCAUGAGCAGCAGGUGCCGAAGCCUCAAAAAUUCAAAGAAACGAUCAAAUGCAGGUUCACAGAGACGGAGGCUUAUUCCAGCUUUAUCGCUUGACACCACUUCCCCAGCAAGGAAGCCUGCCAACAGCCCCGGGGUGCGCUGGGUGGAUGGGCCCCUGCGAAGCGGGCAGAGGGGGCUGGGGGAGCCCUUCGAGAUCAAAGUCUAUGAGAUAGACGAUGUGGAGAGGCUCCAGCGGCGACGAGGUGGGGACAGCAAGGAGGUGAUAUGUUUCAAUGCCAAGCUGAAGAUCCUGGAGCAUCGCCAGCAGAGAAUUGCUGAGGUCAAGGCCAAGUACGAGUGGUUAAUGAGAGAACUGGAGGUGACCAAACAGUACCUGAUGCUGGAUCCUAAUAAAUGGCUCAGUGAAUUUGAUCUGGAGCAGGUAUUUGAGCUUGAUUCUCUGGAAUACCUGGAGGCCCUGGAAUGUGUGACUGAGCGUUUAGAAAACCGUGUCAACUUCUGCAAGGCCCAUCUCAUGAUGAUCACCUGUUUUGACGUCACCUCUAGACGCCGAUAAAGAGCGAACCACAAGAGAAUUUCAUUGCACAUCUCUGCCAUCCUCCUUUUCCCUUCUGAAUAGCAUCCCAAAGACAACAGAAUGAGGAUGAAGGUUGGAGUCAAGUCUCAACUGUGUGUAUCAGAGAUUUGCUUUACUAUACAGAAGAGUAGUAUUAAAAAAACACAGGACAAGCAUGAAAAAUGGAGAUAUUAGGUUGUUGAUUCUCUUAGCCUAAAAGAGCACUUUGAGGAACCUUUAAGGACAUGUGUGUAAAUAAGUACUGCUGGCAGAAGACACUUCUUUCCCUGCGUUAGCUGAGGGAGGAGGGAAGGUGGUUGUAGGAAUUCCAUUGAGAGGUUCAUUAAAAGAAAACCUAUCCAGAAAAACUGUUUAAGUGCCUUGCAAAUCUUUAUUAUCCAAACAUUUAUGUUCAUACUUUAUUGUGUACAGAUGGUGCUAGUCAAGAAAAGAAAAAGGAAAAAAACAAACACACUUUUGAAAUGUAUUUACAGCUUGUUUUUCUCUUGGUGUUUUCUCCUAUUUCAGACUUGCUGUUUCUAAGUAACUUGUGUUUGUAGAGAUAUUUCCUAAUCAGUACAACAUAUGAAUAAAUGUUAACUGUCUUUUCUUGUUACCAGAGUAAGGCCACUCAAAGAGAAAUUGAACUUUCCCAGAUGACACAGGAAAUAUUUCUAGCAGAGAGUGAGCUUUGCUUUUACAUUCUGUCUACUGUCUUAUAUGCUGGAGGACACAGUAAUUUUCCCAGCUUGUAGGUACUGCAGUUUAUGAGAGAGAAGAGGUGACAUAACAGUGAAGUAAAUAUCUUUUCCAUUUAAUCCAACACGCAUACAUGUAUUUUUUCUUUUUUAAUGUAUUUUUAGCUUUGUACUGGUUAGAGUUAUUGAUGAGGAGACACCUUUGUCCUAACCUCUUUUUCUGAUGCUAAUAACUUGCUGGAAAAUUACUUUUUAGGCUGAGGGCUCCCAUGCUGAUCAGUCCAAAAAUGAGUGAUUUAUUCUGCCUUUCUUUCUCGAGACUGACUGAUAAAAUUUAGCUUCACCUCUUUUUGACAUAUACCACUGCAAAACAUGUUUUGUCAGCUUUUGGUCCCUGGUCCAGUCUGUCCAUAGUCACAGACGUACCUGGGAAAUGUAGGCUCAGCUCAGCAUGUCUAGAAAUAAACGGGAGUCAUGAGUGAGUGGACACAGCACUUCAGAGACAUUGACUAUGGCAUUUUCCUUAUCAACCCUCCAGUACUGAAGCCAUGGCAAAAUUCACAUUGACAUCAAAAGGACAAGGGUCUGUGUCUCAAUGCGCAUCCCAAUGUUCUGCUAGUUUACCUCUUCAUCUACAAAACAGUAUAUGGGAAGGAACAUCCUUUGUGUUUGUUAAAGAAAUGUGCAAAAUCUGCAUUUUAAUUACACAUCAGCAUGAAAAAUUAUUUUUUGAAUUAGAUUUAUUCUUUUUCUGUGUUGAAAUAAGGCCAUUCACAAAAAUUCGUGUUGCAUACACUUGUGCUACCCUCCUGUUGUUUAUGAAAAAAUGAGAGCAUCCUUUAACAUAUACUCAAUAUACUGCUGUACUUAAAUGCAACUCUUCUUUUACCUGUACUAUCAUAUUCAUGCCAUCUUAUGAUAUCCCAAGCAGCGAAUCUCCAUGGAAAUCUAGUAGUUAGCAGGAAAAAAAAAAACACAUUUAAAAAAUACUUUCUUUUAAUACUCUACAACUUGUAAUAACAAAUCUUAUUUGUUGUAUUAGGCUUGUCGCUGGAUUUUGUAGAACAUCCUUCUUACAUUCUAUAGGAUUAUUUGGAUGAAAGUCACUUUCUAGUCUGUCCUGCAUAAUUUUCCAAUCAUGAAACUCAUAUUCUAAGUAAGUAGUAAGGACAUAGGUCUGGUUUUUCUUCCCUCCUUUCUCAAGGGAAACAAACAAACAAGCAAACAAACCACCCCACAACUCUGGAUUAAAAAAACCCCAAACUGUGCAAUUUCUCUAGCUUUGUUCCUCUUUGCAAUGAUUUCAGUAGCACUUGGUGCUGUUGAGGCCAUCUGUUCUCCACAGAGCCCCAUGAACUCAACCCAGCUCCACAGAGCCGUGGGAAUCGCCCCUGCAGUUUUGUGCUGGAUGAGGACCUGACCUAGCGCCUUUGGGACAUGGAGUGCAUCUCUCUGGGCUUUGUCCCACUGCGCCCCAAGUGCCCACUGCCAGGUCACAGACACGCAGGAGAGAGACUGUCACAGCAAGGUGCCAUCUCUCAUCCGCCUGUGUCCCCAGGUAGGGCAGUACUGCUCUCACCUGUGACACUGUGCUCAGCCUGUCUCCCUGGUCAUGCUCCCACAUUCAAGGAAGAACCAGCCCAAGUCGUGCACAUGUAAUUAAAUGUUGUCUUCGAUAAGCUGAACCAUUUCUGAAAAUGUGUUUGCUGGAAAGUCAUCAGUGGGUCAUUGUCCUUCUUCUGCUGAGAACAAACAGCCCAAAAUGGGUAUGUUGGGCUGCCCGGGGACCUGCAGUGAGAUGGUGAAUGGCAAGCGGUUCAGGAAAAGUAAACACACACUUCAUAGAAAGUGAAAUCCCAGCAAACGGUGCACACACAGAAUGCAUUAUUAGCAAGAGGUGCCCUCUUGCCUAGUCUGAGACUUACACAGAAGUGAUGAUGUUUCUAUAAAUCAAGUGGACACAUUUCAGAGCUGCUGUAAAAUAUCUAUUACAUGUAAUAUUCCUCAGCAUCAUUAACUCAAUUAUUCAUUGUCUCUAGAUUUUGUACUUCUUUAGAUUAGGAAGUGUAGCAAAAAGCACAUCUAUCUAGCUGUUAUUUUAAAAAGAGCAUACCUUUGCUGUCUUUAUCACGAUGGACCAGAACUGACACCUAAAACCAAAUGGAUUAUGGCAAGGAUGAAUUAGGCAGAAUGACAAUACUAAAUAAGCAGAAUCACAGCCCUUACCAAUAUUUUAUGUCUGAGGACUUAACCAUAUACCUAUAUUCAUAUCCUAAAAUCCAUGCUCAUCUUCUCUUUUUUAACUUUCUGUCAGUGCAUUUCAGAAUCUGUUACUGUAUUUUGGGGAAUUCUGGUGACAUAAUGUAUAAAAGGGAAUGAAAAUUUGUGGAGAUUUGACAUCUACAAAAUGUUGUCUCAUUGCAAGUAGCUGUUUACUUCUGAAUGUAUAUUUUUCAGACUUCAAAUAUCUUCAAAACAGGUAAUUAAAAACAUCAGGACCUUAUUAUGAAAUGGAUCUUGAUCUAUGAUAGCCAGCACUUUCCAGAAGACCCAUACACCUUUGCAAGUUGUGCAGGAAGUCCCAUUCUUUAAGCAAGAACCAGAGUGAUGCUGUUCUUAUCCUGAUUUUCUUUUUUUUAAAGGCAUUGAGUUGUCUAAAAUACUUAAGAGCAACAUGAAUGGGCUGCUUAAUCGUUUGCACGAUCAGAAAUCAAUCUUAUUUCCCUGGGACAGCUUUAGCAGGAAAGAGCAGUGUUAAUGUAAUUAGGUUUGAAGGUUAAUUCUUUAUUCGCGUGUGCAGCAGGAGAUCACAGUUCUUCAUUGCCGGGUUGUGUGAUGGCUACAGAACACCAGCCCUGCUGUGCACCCCCACCGCUGUGCUUGGGCAGCUGGCACAGUUUGGGCCUCAUUCUGGGAAUGGCUUGUCUUAUCAUACAUGAACCUUAUACAAGGUCCAGAACUUGCCUUGUAGCCACAAAUUCAAGAGAAACCUUAGAUUGGAGAAUUUGGCAAUGAUCUGGAUUCAGACAUUCCCCUGGUGUGCCUGACCUCUCGCAGCGGGCAGAAAGCCACAGGUUGGGGUUGCAUACCCAUCAACUCUGGGUGCUGGAUCCCUAAUUCCUGGUGCCUUUGUCAUAAUGACAUGUGUCUUUUCUCCUGCAAUGCAUGCCUUCUAUUUGCUUUAAAAUGAUUUAUUGACAAUUCAUUCAUUCAUAGCUAAGCAAUCAGAAGUACUAUUUUACAGAAAGGCAAACUAAUACCCAGGCUCAGCUUUCUUAACUCUUUACCAGGCACAUCCUCCUCUCGCCUGCACUGGUAUAACUGAGGCACAAUUGCAUUAAGAGACAGGAGAGUUAUAGCAGAGUAAACACAGUUGCACAGAAAAGGAAAAUUCAUCCACCUGCCAUUUUUGGGUAUUUGCUGUGCUGCUAGUUACAUAGUCGAAGAAUAUGGUCCCCUUACCUGCUUGAUUCCCCCUUAUUUUGCCUCAGGGCCAUGCACAGGGCUGUCACUGAACAUCUGCUGGCUUCCAUCCAGUCUUGGAAGACUCCCACUGCCAUACAGUGUAACUUCAGAAACUUGCAGCUACAUAAAAUAGGAACUCGUAAAGAGCAGUGGCAUGAUCCUCUGACACGAAGCAAACUAAGUGAGAACUGUAGAUAAUGUACAGAACAGGAUGAAAGGUACACACUGAUAUUUUUUUCUUUCAUCUCUGAACAUGGCAAUUACAGAGGCAGAAAGCUGGAAGUGAUGCUGGGAGUAAUGCACAUCAAGUCCUGAGCUUGCUCACAGGGUAGACUCAGUCCAUCUUGAAGUGUUUUGUUUUUUUUUCAUUUAUCUUGAUAAUAUGGUUUGUCUUAAAAUAGUGACUAUUACCCAUGGCAUGGAAUUAAAAUUUUGUGACAGCUGAAGGAUGUGGACUCUUACAAACACUAGUUUUUAAAAACAUCUGUGAUUUUGUUGCAUCCUUUUUUCUGAGCUAAAAAUAAUCUUUAAAAUACAGGGUCGUGUAUAUAUAUAUAUAGACAAAGGUAUGGGUACACAGCCCGAGAGAGACAGUCCUCUCUCACAGCCAUGGCUGUUCAGAAAUGGCAAAAAUAUCACUCCCCCUUCCUCCUCCAAGGAGUACCUACAAAACUUUUCUCCUAGCACUCAUCAGGAUGAAGCUGCCAUGCCACAUUAUAGAGAAAACUUAUGCUUGAAACACUUUCAAAGGCUUCUUUUAAAGGUCCUUUCUUCCCCAUGUUCUCUAGCCUACAAAGCCAAGUUGCUGCAGUUCUCGCGUAGAGGCUGUCAUUGAAAGGUUAAAGCCUGUAAAAAGGAUCCAAAUGAACUACACUGUAUUUCAGGGCGUCAUGAAUUUAAGGCAAGAUCUCUUAAAAUCACAGCUGUUAAAUGCAGUGAUUUCUACAUAUGCAUGAGGCAUACAGCAUAGUUACAUGAACUGAAAACCUGGACUUUUAGCUCCCCAUGAGAUAAAGCUUUCUGUCUAGUCCUAAUAGUUUUAAAAUUGUAACUUGAAGCUUCUGCAUUGUAGAAACAAAUACAAUUCUCUUGAACCAGAGGCUGAGCCACCCUCUGAUGCCAAUUCAUAUGGAAGGGAUGGUUGCACAGCAUCAGGGCUGCACCAGCUCACUGCAGAGAUGAAAGCAUUCGUAUCACUAAAUACUGACAGGAGUGCAUGACGACCAUACAGACAAGAGCUAUUUCUCAAAUCCACUGAUGGGUGACAUACCAUGCUUAAUCCUGAUGUCCUCACCAUCUUUGUUUUGUUACUCGGUAGGCUUUUGCAUUGGUGAUACUGAGUAGUUUUUGGAGACACAAGGCUGGCCGUUGCUAGCUAUUGCAGGAUUUGAAAUAGGUUUCCAAAUAACUAUAGCAAACAAAACUGUGAAUGAUUUGUCAGUGCAAAGUUAAUAAUCUCUAUCUCUUGCAUUUAUUGUGUGCUCAUCCCAGGGUUAUCUGAGCUUCCAUACCUGCUCUUGGAAAUAAUAAACCAUUUUAUUAUUGUCUUUAUCUUUUCUUCUUUCUCCUUCUCAAGCAAACCUGGGGAAAAAAAUAUGCAAAAUCAGUUUCCCUUGAAAAUAUAGCACCCUUAUCCUAACCCCAUUGAAGUCAAUAUGGAUUUUGCCACCAGCUUCAUGGACAGCAGACUCGUGCUCACUUAUGCAACAUUUUGAAGCUCACAAAGGGCGUGAUGAUUCUGCAAAGAACAGAGGAGCUGAAAGUGAAAUAGUAACAUUCAUCUCUAAUAUUUCAAACCACCUGAAAACCCUCCUGGACAGGAAAUAAAAUGCAACCCAAACCAUCUUACUUUGAGUGGUCCUACUUAAGUAUUGAGCAAACUUUAUAAUAAUGGUAAUAAAAUGGUGCUUGAGGCAGUUUCAGCUAUAUUACAUAUUCUCUAUACACUAUAGAUAUGGAUGUAUUCACCCUCUAUAUUGUAUAUGUAUGUGUGUGAGUAUUUACAUAUAGCACACAUACAUAUAUGUUUUAUGUAUGCAUAGAUACUAACUUUUCUAAGUUUUUCUUCUUUCCUUCCCAUAGCUGAAACUGCUGGUUACUAACAUCCACAUCAUAUUCUAUGUAUGAAGGAUAUAAUUUAUUUGUAAACUCAGGAUGUUCUUGUUUUAUAGAGUUGCUUGUAUUUUAUAAUUUAUUUACACAUCAUGGUUGGAAAUGCUUAUCUAAGUGCUAUGCAUUGAAGUGUAUGUUUGCUAAAUCCAUUUCACUCUGUCCGUGGCUAUGUUCUUUCUCAUUAUAACAGUGGUAUAAAAUAGGGCUAAGGAAGAGACAAACUGCUGGAUAUAGAACUUAACAGUGGGUAAUUCCAAAAGAGGAUGUGUCAUUAGUAGAUAUAUAUAUAUUUUAUCAACUAAAUUUUAUGGAAAAAAAGAAAAAGAACAGCAUGAGGACAAGUUCAAAUUGUGCAAAGUCACAGCCAUUUCCAAGUUGGUCAACAAAUGCAUUGAGCCUUUUGCCAUUAAAAUUGUAAAGUUUAUUGUUUGCUGGCUAAAAAAUAUCCCUUUUGUGGUAUUUGAGGUGUGAAACAUUGUCAAAAAUAUGAUGUCUGGAAAAAAAAAUCAAACUAUAGUGGCAUUAAAUGUUUACUUUUAUCUUACCAAUA